AUGGAGGACCCUCUCGACCUCGACUGGCCCAUCCACAGCGGCCUCCACCGAUGCAUCUCCUACGCCCAAUGGCUCAGUAACGAGAUCGAGGGGCUCCGUGCCGAGAUCUCACGCCUCGUCGCCGAAAAGCGCGAGAUCUUCCAGAGGUACCCCGAGCUGCUCCCGCGCAACAGACGCUCGCUGCAGCGCGAGGCGGUGCAGCGCGGUGGGUACUUGUAUAACGAGGCAAGGAGAUACGUCAAUAUCUUAGAGUACCUUUUUGAGUUUAGGGGCAGGGUCGACAGGAUGGUAGAUUACAGGUUGCAGAGUAUUCGCUGGGAGAGGCAGAUGAGAAGAGACCUUGCGCAGGUGGUGGAGCAGCGGGAGGAGAAUAGGAGGCUGAUCAGGCUGAGGAGGGAGAGGGACGAGAUAAAAGAGGAGAAAAAAGGAGAAGAAGGGGGGGAAGCAGGGGAUUUGAAGAGAGAGUGA